AUGCCCAUUGCCAAAGAUGAAAGUUUUCUUAUAUCAAAGCCCCCUCCUGUUAUUGGGCUCAGUGACUCUGAAAUCAAAGCUUUAACAGCAACACACCCUUUCCAACAAAAACCUACAGGCAACUCAUUUCCCACGACCCCCUGUGGAGCGCACCAACCCUGCGACCUCCAUUGUUGGUUGUGUGUGAGACUUUCCACAACACAACAGGAAAGUGACAUGACCGACGAUGGGAAAAUGAAUGAGGAUGGAGAUGAGGCCUGGUUCGUCCCCCAGAAGGAGAUUGUUUACAACAGCCUUUUGCCUUACUGCAACCAUUUGGACCAGGAGGCCAUGGGUCUGCUGGAGGGCAUCAAGGCCAACCUCAGCAGAGCUGUCCUCGUUAGAGAGCUGUUUCCUGGGGUGGCGUUUUGGUCCAGGAAACUUUUCUUUUUUCUGAAACUGUAUGGCCGAAGGUUCACUAAAGAGGACCACAUUCUCUUCAUCAAGCUUCUGUACGAGUUGGUGACCCUGCCCAACCUGGAGCCCCACAUGAUGCAGUGCUACGCCAGGCUGCUCAUUCAGCUUCUCAAGAAGAAGGAACUCCUGUCAAGAGACGACCUACAGUUGCCGUGGCGACCACUUUAUAAUUUGUAUGAAAGGGUUAUCUACUCCAAAACUGAAGACCUGGGGCUCGUCUGGUUCCCGAAGUGUGUCGUCAAAUACACAUGCUCAUACAGCACUUUGCUUGCUUUGCAGCUCAGUGGACCAAAUUCUGAAGGCUGUGAUCAAAAGCUGCAGACUCACCUAGUGAACCUGUUCGCUCGCCUCGCCAACGAUAACAUCGGCUACGUGGACUGGACUGCUUAUAUUCCCACAAUUUUCACGAGAAUCCUGCGACGUUUAAACCUUCCAGUUGGAGUCAGUCAGAUGGUGGCUCCGAGGUAUCUUACCAACUCCUACGACAUCGGAUACAUAGUUUUAUGGAUCACAGCACUUCUGGGUGGGCCAGGAAACCCAGCACAGAAAGAACUGACCUGCCUCUUCAGCAGCAUCGCCUCCUUUUACCAUCCCUCCAAUCAUGGUCGCUGGCAGUUGGAUAUUAUGUUUGCAGUCUCGACUGUUGCGGUUGCUUCAGUGACUCCCAGCGAGUGUUGUGCGUCGUGUGCACUGGGAGCGAUAUGCUGCGCCAUGCUGGAUCCCAAUGGUCCCCAAGGUAAAACUGGCAGCACGGAUGCAGCCUAUGCUCUCCAGAACCUGGCCCUCCUCACACCGGAGCUCGUCAUACCGCCUGUACUCGAAAAGACCUAUGCAGCAAUGGAGACCCUGACGGAGCCACACACCCUCACUGCCACACUCAGCUGCAUGAUCGGGAUGGCCCGCAGCCUGGUGUCCAACAACGACCAUUACCCAGAAGGACGUGUGCAUGUUCUCCCACUGCUUAUGGGCUCUCUCCCUGGGGUGGACCCCAAUGACUUCAGCAAGUGCAUGAAAACGUUCCAGUUCAUCACCACCUUCACCACUCUGGUGCCUUUAGUGGAUGGUUCCUCUGCUCCUUCUCAACAUACCGAUCUCACUGAGAUUGAAAAAGAUCUGUGCUUUGCCUCAGCUGGGUUUGAAGACUUCGUUCUGCAGUUCUUGGACAGGUGUUUUGCUCUGAUAGACAGUAGUACGCUGGAACAGACGAGAGAUGAGAUGGAGACAGAUACCCAGACUCAUUUGGAGAGCCUGGUGGAGCUGGGACUGUCCUCUACUGUUAGCACAAUCUUAACGCAGUGCUCCACUGAAAUAUACAAGUCAGAAACCAAGUUCCUAAAGGAAAACACUGCUGUCCAUAUCAGUUCAGUUUGUUUAGAAAGCACCAAUUCACAACACAAGUCUUAUCAAGGCACGUUACAAAAUGAGGAGUUGCAGAACGAAGACGAGCUGGACAAAGAGCUGUUGUGGAACCUCCAGCUGCUCUCUGAGCUGCUGAAAUACCAAAGGGAGCUGGAGCAGAUCCUCUGUGUGUGUGUGCGCCUGCGCUGUAGACAGGCAUACACACUUGCCUGCAGUCUGUUGGAGCACACACUCCAAUCACUGUCUCUCAUCUAUCCCACUGAGUACUGCAGCACCGCAGGAGGUUUUGAUAUGGACCUUCCUAUUCGGGACUGGGGCAGAGCCGGAGAUGUGGCGGCUUUGGGCGUAUGUUGGCACGUGCCGAGCCAGGAGGAGGAGAACUUUGUUUUCCAGCUCUUGUCCAGCCUCCUGCAUCCCGAGCUGCGGAGAAUCCAACACCACGUCUCUGGAGAUCAGCCAGUGACCAGGGAGGAGUUGUGGCAGAGUCUUGCCAUUGUGCAGCACUGCCUUCUCGGAGCUGGAAGCAUGCUGCCCCCUCUGGAUGGAGAGCACGUACCUGAUCUGGUGCCCUCUUUGGUGAAUCUGAGGGAGAUUGAGCUGCAUGCCGGUGUUGAGUUUGAUGAUUCACGGGAGAACUACAAUUACAUCUUGGAGCAGUCAGAGGAUGAUACCAAGUCACUUUUUGUCAUCAUUAAGAUUAUCAGUGGCCUCAUGUUUUUCCGUGGCACUCACAAGAAAGAGUUUGAGUCACGCUGGAAAAGCUUCACUCUUGUCAAGACGUCCAUGGAAAACCCGCUUCAUGGGGAAAAGCAGCACAUCAGAGCACUGCUUGUUGACCGUGUUUUGCUCCAGCAUGAGAUGAGAAAUCUGGUGGUUGAAGGAACUGAAUACAAAGUGGUUCAUCAGGAGUUGCUGUGUGAUCUGCUACUGCUUUCUACCAGCACGUACAGCCAGGUGCGUAGCAGGGCGCAGAGUGUCCUGAUGACAGCGAUGGGAACCUACGGCUUCUGUUACAGAGACAUGGUCCCCCGCAUUGUACAGAUACUGUCCCCACUGAGCACCACGGACACACAGCAGCAGUUCAAGGGUGCCCUUUACUGCAUUCUGGGGACACACAAUGGGUUUUGUCCAGCCAUCACUAGAGACUGGGACUGCAUCGGAGAAGUGUGGUCGGCUCUGGUCCGCUGUGGCUUGUCCCACUCCAUGAUCCUGGAGAAACCGUCCAUCGGUCAACUGUUUGAUGACAUCAUUGAAAGGAUUCACCGUCAAUAUGACACCAUAGGCUUCAUUAGAUGUGCUGAGACAGCCAGUCAAAUUGCACAAUCUUCUUCUUUAGAGUUGUCAUCCAAAGAGGAGAUGAAGGAGGGAAUUCAGCGUCAGCGGAUCAGAAACGUUGUUGCUGCAAGAAAAUAUGAGAAGCUGGUCAAUGACCUGCUGGACUGCCUUGAAGACAAAGACUUGUAUGCUGUUUUCCAAGAGAAUAACUUCUUGGUUAUGCAGCCCUGGAAAUUUGAUCACAUGGCCACAGAUUUGUUGGCUCUUCUCCUGAGAGACGAUCACCCUCUUCCUCCUGAUGCCGUCCUCUACUUCACACAGAGCAUUGUUCACGACUCCAUCACCAUCCGAAAGUCACCUUUUGCAGAAAUCACUGACAUCAGCAUCCUGUCAGAGGCACAGCAGAUGGCUGAAUCAAGCCAGACAGAAACAUCACACAACACAGGAAACACACUUCAAACAAUAACCCACUCUAGUGGGAUCCAGGAUCCAGAAGGAAUUUGUGUUGGGGAUCGUGAAGGUAAUCACUGGCUGCAGUACGAGAGCCCCAACCUCCCUCUGAGCCAGGAGCUGUGGGACUCUCUACACUAUGUGGAGAAAACUCACUGGGGCUACUACUCAUGGCCGAGAGAAAUGAUGAUCUAUGCAGCUUCUGAAAAGCCACAGGAUGACCUGCCAUAUGAGGAGAUGAGUGAGGUGGGCGCAGCAAACACAAAACCUCUCAGCCUUGCUUCAUUACUGGAGUUACAAACUUGUACUUGUGUCAAGCAGGGUGAAAAGAUCAUCUUUGAAUACUUCUCUGACCCAGACUUCGUUGAGCAGCUGAUGGAGUUUCUGUCUUUGGAGGAGAGAAAAGGAAAGGACAGCUUCAACCCUCGUCGCUUUUGUCUCUUCAAGGCAGCAGUUUACUUGAGUGAACCAAAGUGCUGUAAUCUGCCUUUUUUCUUCAUAAAGAAACUGCAUUGUACUUCCUGGUUGAUUAAACCUGUGCACUUGAUUGACGGGCUGUUUCGUAACUAUGGUGACAGGUUCUUACCAAUUCUGUGGCCUCAUCUGGACCAGCUGGCAAGUGACCCCUAUGAGAGCUCACAGCGCUGUGUGUGUGAGAUUACUGCAGGACUGAUCCGAGGCAGCAAACACUGGAGUUUCAGCAAGGUGGACAGGUUAUGGCAGCUUCUGUGCCCUCUGAUCAGGACAGCAUUGAACAACAUCACCGUGGAAACCUACACGGACUGGGGCACCUGCAUCGCUACAGCUUGUUACAAGGCCUGA